AUGCCGGCUGAGCACAGAGUGUUGACCAUAUUGUGCAUGUGCAGUCAACACUUCAUGGUGGCUGGUGUGGCGGCAGCCAAGGAGGAGGAGGUUGGACAUGAGCUGUCUGACAUGGAGGAGGGCAAGGCCAGUAAGGGAGAUGGCAAUCAUUGGAGUAAUGUGAUUGCAUCUGCCCUAUGGCAGCAUGCUGCUGCUGGCUUGCUUGUGUGGGACAAAUUUUGUGGCCAUGCUGAUGGGUUCGAGGAUGGAUGGGAGGCAGAAGCAGCCAGGGAGAAGGCAGAGAAGCUGAAGGAGUUGAAGAAGAGUCGUUCUUGGGGUGGAUGGUUUUGGACAGGAAUGAUGAUUGUGCUCAGGUGGUUGGUGUGGGUGUUGUCCCACAUCUUCAACUCAAAAGAGUAUAAUGAUGCCAUGGUCAAGCACAAAUAUAAGUGGCUGGCAUUUACUUUUGUGUCUAUCAUUGCCAUUGCAUGUGGUGUCAACCCCAUUGAUGUGCUCCUCAAGGUUAUCAAUUCAUGGGCAGAGUCUUGA